AUGGAUCUGCUUUCAUCUAUUGGCAAAACUAUAGCUACGGUUACUUUGGCCACCAUUCCAGUUGCCGCCGCCGCCGCCGCUACUAUUGGCGGGGCCGGGGUUGCUGUAGUUGGCGCCUUCGGCGCUGGCGUGGUUUGGGCGUCCCUCCACAUUUCUCAACAAGUACAUGACUGGGCCAGGAUGGGACAGAAAUCUUCGCGUACCAAGCCGAUUUUCGAGGACCUGAUCUUGCAUGAAAGGCAAGCAGAGGGUCUCAGUCCUAAAUUUCGACACAUCGCUGUCUGCGGAGUUGCUGGAAGUGGCAAGACAUCUCUUGUCAAUGCUCUGAGAGGUCUACGAAACGGCCAGCCGGAGGCCGCGAAAACAGGGGUUGUUGAGACAACACUGUCUCGUUCUAGCUAUACCGCCCACUCCAGUAUCGAUUCCCUCGUUAUCCAUGAUAUCCCUGGUGCCGGAACGCAGAGUAUCCCUGCAGCCGAGUACUUCUAUACGCAAAAGCUAUACUUGUUCGAUAGCGUGCUGAUCGUUCAGGGAGAACGGUUUGGCGAGAUCGAGAUUGAAAUCAUCAAGGCGUGUAUCCGUCAACGCACGCCCUUCGCUGUUCUUCGCUCUCGAUCCGACGAGUUAAUCGCUCGCGUCGCCGAUGAUGAGGGCCUUGAAUUCGCCGACGCUAAGGCGAAGCACAUGCGUGUUUCAGUCGAGGCAGUGAUGAAGGAGUUGAUGAAAUCCGGCCUCCCUACCAAUGGCUUGUUGGAACUCUUGAGGCUUGUCGUCCUGGUAAACAAGAAUGAUCUGCGCCAAUAUGUGAUUAAGGGGAUCGAGGAGUGGCCGAAGGAGCCGAGAAAGAAUGAAAUCCAGGAAAGAAGCCUGCUGAAAUACCUGGGGAAGAUCGAAAAGCCUGGAUGA